UAAUGUAAAUUCUACCUUAAUACAGUACACCUCUCCGCACUAGAUUACACAUAACACGAUCUCUCCUCUUCCUUUUCUCUGCUAUAAUCUCAAGUUUUCCUCUUCGAUUGAUUGAUUGAUUGAACAGUAAAACGAAGGUUGGAUUGGAGCUCAUUCACAACCAGUUAUGGUUGAAACAAGAGAUAGACGUAAAGAUAAAGUUCUUGUCUUGGUAUAUCAGAGUUUGGGUUUGGUUUUCGGCGACUUGAGCAUUUCGCCACUUUAUGUUUAUAAAAGUACAUUUGCUGGAAAGUUGCGGCACUACCAAUCUGAAGAUGUAGUGUUUGGUGCAUUUUCUAUGAUAUUUUGGACUCUUUCUCUUCUUUCAUUGUUCAAGUAUGUUGUUUUUGUGCUGAGUGCAAAUGAUAAUGGUGAAGGAGGGAUAAUCGCAUUGUACUCACUUCUUUGUCAAAAAACAAAAUUCUGUUUGCUACCUAAUCUUCAAGCAUCUGAUGAAGAGCUUUCUAACCCGGGCUGCUCAAACAGAAAUGUGCCUCCUUCUUUUUUAAGAAGAAUUAUUGAAAAGCAUAAAGUAGCAAAAAACUGUUUACUUCUUCUAGUGUUGUUGGGAGCUUGUAUGGUGAUCAGUAUUGGUAUCUUUGCACCUGCAAUUUCAAUUCUUUCCUCUAUUGAAGGGCUGAAAUUUCAAACAAAGGAUGUACAUAAUAAUACUGUGGUCCUUAUUGCCUGCGUUCUGUUAGUACUCCUUUUUUUCUUACAACACCGAGGCUUUCACAAGGUGGCAUUCUUGUUUACUCCUAUUAUAAUCCUGUGGUUGGUGUCCAUCACUGCUGUUGGAAUCUACAAUAUUUUUAGAUGGAAUCCAAGAGUAUACCAGGCUCUAUCUCCAUAUUAUGUUUACAAUUUUUUUAAAGUUACAGGAAAAGAUGGUUGGAUCUCUCUUGGAGGAAUAAUGUUAUGUAUUUCUGGAAGUGAAGCUAUGUUUACAGACCUUGGUCAUUUCUCCGCGACAUCAAUCAGGGUUGCAUUUUCAUGUAUUAUUUAUCCAUGUUUGGUACUUCAAUACAUGGGGCAAGCUGCAUUUCUUUCCAAAAACUUAUCGGCAGCACCUCUGAGCUUUUACGCUUCUAUUCCUGAUCCCUUCUUUUGGCCAAUUUUUGGUGUGGCAACUCUGGCUGGGAUUGUUGCUAGCCAGGCAGUUAUCUCCACCACAUUAAUGAUUAUCAAAGAGUGUGACGCGUUUGGAUGUUUCCCUCGUAUCAAGAUUGUUCAUACCAGGAGAUGGCUUCCUGGUCAAGUAUACAUUCCAGAGAUAAACUGGAUCCUCAUGGUUCUCAGUCUAUUAGUCACACUGGGUUUUCGAAAUACAAAUCAUAUAGGAAAUGCUUAUGGCAUUGCAUACAUGACGAUGACAAUCGUGACAACGUGUUUGGCAUCACUUGUCAUUAACCUUGCUUGGCAAAAGUCUGUGGUGCUUUCACUUUUAUUCAGUGUGCUAUUUGGAUCAGUUGAGAUCAUUUACUUCUCGUCUUCUUGUAUGAGAAUCCCUAAAGGUGGAUGGGUACCUCUUCUGUUCUCUGCAAUAUUCUUGUUCAUUAUGUACGUGUGGUAUUAUGGGUCAUGGAAGAAAUAUUCACAAGACCUUCAUAACAAGCUCUCCAUGAGGUGGAUCCUCACGCUAGGUCCUAGUCUCGGGAUCAUUAAAGUUCCUGGAAUCGGUCUCAUCUACACAGAACUAGCCACAGGAGUCCCAGCAACAUUUACUCACUUCUUAACCACCUUACCAGCUUUUUACCAAGUCGUUGUAUUCGUCUGUAUUAAAACUGUUCCUGUAUCUCAUGUAUUCCACAAAGAAAGGUUUCUCAUUGGUCGGAUUGGUCCCAAAUCCUACAGGCUGUACCGCUGCAUCAUUCGAAAUGGUUAUAAAGACAUAUGUAAAAAUGAAGAAGAGUUCGAAAGCGAACUAGUGAUGAGCAUAGCAGAGUUCAUCCAAAUGGAGGCAGAGGGCACUGGGGCAGUGGAUGGCUCAGUGGAUGGUCGUAUGGCAGUUGUGCGGACAUCUGAAAAGUUCGGUACAAGAUUAGUGGUAUCAACACCGUCAAGUCCUGGAGUAAGCAACAGUAUCAAUCAAACAUCGGUGAUUUUAAGUGGCUACAAGUCACCUACACUACAGAAAUUGCAGGCUAGUUACGAGCAAGAAUAUUCACCUCAGCUCACCUUUAGGAGGGGGUUACGAUUCGAGUUACUAAAUACUAAGUACAAGGAUCCUCGUGUGAAAGAAGAGCUGUUGGAACUCGUUGAAGCCAAGCGUGCUGGGGUAACAUACGUUAUAGGCCACUCGCAUAUAAAAGCACGGUCAAAUUCAUCGUUUCUACACCAGUUUGCGAUUAAUAUAGCCUACUCUUUCCUCAGAAAGAACUGCAGAUCCCCUGCUGUGGCCUUAAAUAUUCCUCAUAUUUGUCUAAUUGAGGUGGGUAUGAACUACUGUGUCUAGAACUCUAUUGCAAAUGGUUACUAGUUUCUCCACAAUUUCAUGGCAGACCGACCGAUUUCACAUAGAGAUUCUCUGUGCUCAAGCUCACCAAUCACAAACAAUCACCUCCAGGCUUCAAGGACACUUCUUUAUUUUGUGACAUGAAUCUUUGUUUUGUCAUAUAACUCUCAAAUUUAGGUGUGAUUCCCUCGCUUGGAAAUGAAGUUUUGACCCUUUUUUCUUUUCUUUCUUUGGGUUUGUUUGUAGAAUAAUAAUAAAUUAAAAGUUAAUUAAAGUACCAAUUAAGUUGCAA